AUGGAGGAAGAAGAGGCGGGACCACCGAAGAGAGAGCUGUACGCACUGCUCCAAGUGUCACCGGAAGCCACCGAUGAAGAGAUCAGAAAGGCUUAUCGACAUUGGGCUCAAGUUUAUCAUCCUGACAAGUGCCAAGACUCUCAUAUGAAGCAAAUAGCCACAGAGAACUUUCAACGAAUAUGUGAAGCUUAUGAAAUAUUGUCGGAUGAGUAUAGAAGGCAAGUAUAUGACAUAUAUGGGAUGGAAGGUAUAAAUUCUGGUUUGGAGCUUGGUCCGAAGCUGAAUAAAGUAGAAGAGUUGAAGGAAGAACUUGAAAGGUUGCGAAAGAGGAAGGAAGAAGAGAAGAUGUUAGCGCAUUUUCGACCAUCGGGCACAAUACUCGCCCAUUUGUCCUUGCCACAGUUUCUGGAUGGUGAUGGCAUUAUCCGAGGAAUGGCUAUGUCUAGCGAAGUUCAAUCUCACUUAUCUAAACGUACCGGUAUUGCUAUGGGUGGAAAUUUGGAAGUUAAUGAAAAUUCUGGUGGUGGAGCUGCUUCUACUGUGCUCAGGCACCAGCUUUCUCCAGUUUCAUCCAUAGAAUUCAUGGCAUCAGCUGGUUUACGAGCACUUAUUGGUGUGCAAACAACGCGUAACCUAUCUUUACACUCAACGGCUACAAUUGCAAUAGCAAAGUCUCUGAGGGAUGGUUCAAUUAAUCUUUCCAAUACCUGGACCCGCCAACUCUCUGAAACAGCAAAUGGAAAUAUACAACUUUUAUUAGGUCCUGAGUCAUCUGUAGCAGUUGGAUGGCAAAAGAAGGAGGAAAAAAUGUCUGCUUCUGGAGAGCUGAAGAUUGGCACAAGCUCUUUUGCUGCAUCAGCUCAUUAUACCCACCGCUUUUCUUCAAAAUCUCACGGUCGUAUUGCUGGCAGAUUUGGAAGCACUGCUUUGGAGGUUGAAGUUGGCGGGGGAAGGAAACUAUCUAAUUUCAGCACAGUUCGAAUGCUGUAUACAAUAGGAAUUCAGGGAAUCUUUUGGAAAUUUGAAUUGCACCGAGGAGGACAAAAGUUGAUUAUUCCUAUAUUGCUUUCCCGGCAUUUGGAUCCAGUGUUUGCAACUGGAGCAUUUGUAAUUCCAACAUCGCUUUACUUCUUACUCAAGAAAUUCGUAGUCAAACCUUAUUACCUUCGAAGGGAAAAGCAGAAGACUUUAGAGAAUAAAGAGAGAACUUCUGCCCAGGUAUGGAUGCUAAGGUUGCCUGAGGAAGUUGUGGUUCGAGAGGCAAGGGCUGCGGCAGAAAAGGCACAGCUAUUAUUACAAACUGUGGCCAAUAGGAAAAGGACAAGGCAAUCAGAAACGAAUGGACUUGUAAUUACUAAUGCAGUGUAUGGAAGUAGUAAAGCUUUGAAGAAAGCAAAUGAAUCAAGAGAAGUAAACAAUGAAUCAGCUUCAGAAGUCAUUGAUGUUACAAUACCUCUUAAUUUCUUAAUUAAUGAUUCUGGCCAACUGAAGCUUCAUGAGGGUGUAAAGAAGUCGGGAAUUAUGGGCUUCUGUGAUCCUUGUCCUGGUGAACCUAAGCUGUUGCGUGUGGAAUACACUUACGGUGGCCAAAGAUAUGAGAAAGGCAUCGUAAACAGACCUGUCCCUGAUGAACACUCAUCUGCACGUGCAGGUUUCCCAACCAUGCCAUCUGCCGAGAGCACAACCCUAACAUAUUCACGUGUUAUCCCUAUCCUAAUCCUUCUGUCCGAGGGUAAACCUGGAUUGACUGUAACAUCAUCUCGGACGAAAAUGUUAAAAAGAAAACGUCUUUGCCAAGUUCUCUGUCCUUCGAUGGCACCAGCCACAUCUGUACUCUCCUUCACUGGAGACGGGGGAAG